ACAACCAAGGCUGGAAAAGCUCAUAAAAAAAAAUAAUAAUAAUAACGUCGCUCAGACGCGUUUUAAGAGAAACAGAAUUACAUCGAGCAAAUUAUAUGUUUUCCAGGUUUGGUCGGGGUGUUGUGUUUUCCAAAGGGGAAAAGCUCCGUCCCGCAGCGCAGCUGACUGCUGCCAUCCAGCGGUGCGUGCGCUCCGCGCUGCGCGGGGACGGCGCUGAGACAGCGGCGAUCGACGGUUUUUUGGUUUUUUUUUUUCCUUUUUUUUUUUUUUCCUUUUUUUAAAUCCGAAUUUCUGCCUAAAUUAGAACGGAACGUAAAGCUGUGCUGCUUUUAUUUCGUUAUUUAUUUAUUUGUUUUUGCUUUCGGCAGCCUGGUGUUAAUUUGUAGGACUGUUGUUUUUAUUUAGUAAACGCUCUGACUCUGCCCUCCAAGCCCCAUUUCAAAGCCAGGUGGUAAAACUCGGUGUGUGCUUUAGCAGCGGGGCUGGAUAUCCUCCUAAUGUGUUUGAAUACCCCAUUAAAGAGAACCUGUUGUUACAAAGUCCGUAGGUGAGCAGAACGGAGCUCUGACCUAUAGGUGCAUUUCUCAGUGUGUCUGUCCGUCCAUGUAUUUCUUGUGGUGGUUGAAGAACCAUUUCAUGCCCAUUUUAGUGCUGCAAACUCCCAAUGAAGGGCUUUUAUGGGUUCGGACAGAGCCUAAAAUGUUGUUUUCAGGUUUCUGAGAAGUUUGUAAAAUCUAAAUUUGGUGGAAAGUUGCCUGUGUUCUCGUAACCUCUCAUUCCAUUUUAUAGCAGCAUGGGAGUCUAUAAACAGGAGCCCUGUGUGUUGAGUGCCUGUAUUCUCUCCUAGAUCUAUUUUUAAACCAUUCUUCUGUUUGGCAAAAAGUGACACUCGGUUUCCAUGUUUACAGCAGGCAUUGGCAAACCUCAGGAGUUCACAGUUUGCAGUUGGGUUAGAUGGAUGUCCGAAAGUUAGCGUCUGACCAGUCGGCUUCAGACUACAAAUUUAGACUGCAAAUGGAGUCCUCCCUGCAUUUAUUCUUAUUUCUUUUUCAAUCUGCUCUAGACCUUGUGUUCCCAUUGCAGCAGGGCAUGUCAGCCAAAAGGCACAUGUACCCUUGAAGCAUUUAGUUCUCCAUACUGCUUGAAAACCCCCACGGUGCCUGUGGAGCUUCAUACUUGAAGCAGGGAGCUGGGAGAGGAGUAAGAAUUUGGGGUCUGUAUUUUCUCCUUGCUGACGUGCUCCCUUUGGGCUGCCCACUGGGAUCCUCUGAGGAUCCAUGGGUUCUGUGAGAAAGAUGGGAUUGCUGCUGGCAGCAGGCAGAGCGCAGGAUAAGGACAAUGCAGGACAGUGGGUCCCAAGGAAGAUAUCCCCUCCUUAAAUCCAUUUGGCUCUGUAAAUACGGAGGUGCUCUCUCCUGGGUAGUGCACCCCAUGCUGCACUUGUCCCACUGCAGCCAGGUGGGAUGCUGGGAUCCUUGCUUCCAACUGAGCUGCGUCCCUACAGCACAGAGACGGGGAGGGUCGGGUCGGUGACAUAUGGAGUGGGGACAGCGGGACGCCUCCCUGAGCCCCACGGGGAUGGGGAUUCCGUCAGCUGAGCGGUGCUCAGCCUCACUCCAUUGCUUCAGCUGGGACGUGGCUGCUGCCUUCCUUUGAAAAAUUCAUGUGCCAAAUCGCUUGGGGUCAUAGGGAAGGCUGCAGCAGGCUCGGCUCCGCGCUUCCCAAGGGCUCUGCUCAGCUCCCAGCUACGUGCCCUCCUCGGUGGGAAACGUCAGGGGGGCUCUGCUGCGCUCCCCCCGUGCUGCGUUGUGGGUUGUUGUUUUUUUUUUUUUUUUCUGCAAAGACCAAAACAAUGUGGAGACUUAAGCCAGGCUGGCUUUCAAGGGCAAUCCUUUUAAACCCUCUUUUGAAGUACAAACUAUAAAGUUCCCCGCAGUGCUCAAGAAAAUAUGCAGUUUUCCUGGUUCCAAACGCUGAUAAUAAACCCGUUCGGAUAAUGUAUUGCAUUUCCUAGAAACAUUUGUUUGCUGGCAGGAAAUUGGAUCAGAUUGAAAGUUAGCAGAGACUGCUCGAUAGAGCGAGUGCAAUCUGCUGGCGGAAGGGUACAAUGGAAAAAACGACGGGGCUCGUGCUGGCGAUGCUGCGUUUGAUCUGUGCUGACAGUGCGCUAGGACUCUUCUCCAUCUCUGCUCUGCUUAUUAUUAACCAAGCCACGUUUUGGCCCAGACGCCAACCAGAAGCUGCUAAAUUAAUAAAAACUGCGCUGUGACAGCUAAAGGACGCUCGGUGCCCCCUGAUUGCGUGGCACGGGGAAAGCUGAGCUGGGUGCUGGCGUGCCCCUCAGUCCCCCACACCUCAUUUCUUUGGCUGUGUCUCGGCACUGGAGGAACCUAGCAUUCGUCUGUGGGAUGGGGGGCAGCUGGCAGUAUGCCCAGGCUGGGGGUGGGGGGGCAGGAUGGAGCUUCCCCUGGGCGGGCAGUUUCGGAGUGCUGUGUGGGAUGAGGUUAUGGGGAAGAGAGACUUCAGGCAUCCACUACUCUGGGGUGAUGCAAAGGAGUCGGCACGGCGGGCGCUGGAGGGGUAGGAGAACAGGUUUGAAAGAAACUUUUGGACUGUGAAUUGAGGCAUUGGACUCAAGAUGGCCUCACCAGCAGACAGCUGCAUCCAAUUCACCCGCCAUGCAAGUGAUGUCCUCCUCAAUCUCAACCGCCUUAGAAGCCGGGAUAUCCUGACCGACGUCGUCAUCAUUGUGAACCGGGAGCAGUUCAGAGCUCACAAAACAGUGCUGAUGGCCUGCAGUGGCCUCUUCUACAGCAUCUUUACUGACCAGCUCAAGUGCAACUUGAAUGUCAUCAACCUGGACCCUGAAAUUAACCCUGAGGGGUUUUGCAUCCUUUUGGACUUCAUGUACACCUCCCGCCUGAACCUGAGGGAGAACAACAUCAUGGCUGUGAUGGCCACGGCGCUGUACCUGCAAAUGGAGCACGUGGUUGAUACUUGCCGAAGGUUUGUCAAAUCUAGUGAAGCUGAGAUGGUGUCUGCUGUGAAGACCCCAAGGGAAGAGUUUUUGGCUGGACGGAUGCUGAACCACCCAGAGGUGAUGGCUUAUCGAGGCAGAGAUGUCUCAGAGAACAGCAUGCCUCUCCAGAAUGGGUCCCUCUGCAAUGGGAGGGCCUUCGCACCUGGCUUAUUCAACAGUUUGUCUGGAUCCUCCAUUUCCUACCCUGGGUACAGCCCUCUGCCUCUCAAUGGCUUCCUCGUGGAUGAUGAGUUGCGGGAGAUGAGGAUGCCUCUCUCCGAACUCUCAAGGGUGAGUGCCUUCCCCAAGGAGAGGAUCCCGUGUGACAGCUCCAGGACAAUCCCCACAGAGUACAUGAGAACCAUCACCGACAUCUCGGCCAACAUGUGCCACGCCACCAUCUAUUCUCCAAAAGAAGGUGCUGCUGAAGAAGCCAGGAGCGACAUGCACUACAGUGUAGCUUCUGGCCCCAAACCUGUUGUCCCCUCCAUCCGGAACAAUCCCUACUUCUCUUGUGACAAAGUGGCCAAAGAAGAGGAGCGGACCUCUUCAGAGGAUGAGAUCAGCCAGCACUUUGAGCCCACCAAUACCCCCCUGGACCGCAAGGGCCUGAUCAGCCCCCAGAGCCCCCAGAAGUCAGACUGUCAGCCCAACUCUCCCACUGAGUCCAGCAGCAGCAAGAAUGCCCGCAUCAGUCAGAACUCCAACUCUCUUUUCACCAAGAGCCCCACUGAUCCCAAAGCCUGCAACUGGAAGAAGUACAAAUUCAUUGUCCUCAACUCUCUUAACCAGAGCACUAAACAAGACAGUGCUGACCAGAAUGAGAUGGGAACCCUCUCCCCUCGCACCUACAUGCCCAUGUCCACUUGCCAGCAGUCCAUGGAGCCAGAGCAUCUCAACGUGCAAUCCCCUACCAAGAUGAGCGUGAAUGGAGAAGACUCCAAUAUCCCCCAGGCGAGCAGACUCAACAACAUUGUUAACAGGUCCCGGGAUGGGUCCCCGCGCAGCAGCGAGGGGCAGUCCCCUCUCUACAUGCAUUCGUCGAAGUGCAGCUCCUGCGGCUGCCAGUCCCCACAACACACUGAGAUGUGCCUUCAUACCUCUGGCUCAGCCUUUGGAGAGGAGAUGGGGGAAACCCAGUCUGAGUACUCUGACUCCAGCUGCGAGAACGGAGCCUUCUUCUGCAAUGAGUGUGACUGCCGGUUCUCCGAGGAGGCCUCACUCAAGAGACACUCUCUGCAAGUCCACAGCGACAAACCCUACAAGUGCGACCGCUGCCAGGCCUCCUUCCGCUACAAGGGGAACCUCGCCAGCCACAAAACCGUCCACACAGGAGAAAAGCCGUACCGCUGCAACAUCUGUGGGGCGCAGUUCAACCGGCCAGCCAACCUGAAAACCCACACACGUAUUCACUCCGGAGAGAAACCCUACAAGUGCGAGACCUGCGGGGCCAGAUUUGUCCAGGUGGCCCACCUCCGUGCUCACGUGCUCAUUCACACUGGGGAGAAGCCAUACCCCUGUGAGAUCUGUGGCACACGUUUCCGGCACCUGCAGACCCUCAAAAGCCACCUUCGAAUCCACACGGGCGAGAAACCGUAUCAUUGUGAGAAGUGCAACCUGCACUUCCGCCACAAAAGCCAGCUGCGGCUGCACCUGCGGCAGAAGCACGGGGCCAUCACAAACACCAAGGUGCAGUACCGCAUCUCGGCCAACGAGGUGCCUCCAGAGCUCCCCAAGGCUUGCUGAAGGCCAAGGAUUUCCCAGGAGGAGGUCAGAGGGAAGCUGUCCAAAGGAUACUUGCAACACUUUAAUGGAGAGAAAAAAAAAUAUAUAUAUAUAUAUAUAAAGGAAAAAAAAAAACAAAUUCAUCACAUGAUGGAGUGCCUCUAAACCCAUAGUGCAGAUAGGUGGAAAACAUUAGAAACAAACUAAAAAAAAA